UCGGGAAUCAGAGCAUCUAAAGAAGAUGUCAAAGUUGGAAGUAUUGGAAGCAAAACUGCCAGUAGGGUUUUAAAGGAUACUGAGAGGAACUACUUCUGUUCUUUAUUUUUCAGUUUUAUGUACUCUGGCUAUGGAGAAAACAGUAUUUGAUUCAAAGAAAAUCACUCUAGUCUGAAGAAUGCCCUAUUAAUCCUGCAGACACAGCACAAUUCUAGCUGAGAUGGUUUGGAACAGGCAGUUGACUGUUGAAUUGAAAUUUCGAGUUUGACCUUAUUGUGCAUGUGACAGCGACUCAUUGAAAAGCUUUAAAUAUGAAUGCUUCCAAUAAAAACAGGACAGCAAAACACACAUACCAAAGUCAGCACUGAGCAUAACAAGGAAUGUCUGAUCAACAUUUCCAAAUACAAGUUUUCUUUGGUCAUAAGUGGCCUCACUACCAUCUUAAAGAAUGUUAACAAUAUGAGGAUAUUUGGAGAAGCUGCUGAAAAAAAUUUGUAUCUCUCUCAGUUGAUUAUAUUGGAUACACUGGAAAAAUGCCUUGCAGGGCAACCAAAGGACACAAUGAGAUUAGAUGAAACAAUGCUGGUCAAGCAGUUACUACCAGAAAUCUGCCAUUUUCUUCACACCUGUCGUGAAGGAAACCAACAUGCGGCCGAACUUCGGAAUUCUGCUUCUGGGGUUUUGUUUUCUCUCAGCUGCAACAACUUCAAUGCAGUCUUUAGUCGCAUUUCUACAAGGUUACAGGAGUUGACUGUUUGUUCAGAAGACAAUGUUGAUGUCCAUGAUAUAGAAUUGUUACAGUAUAUUAAUGUGGAUUGUGCAAAAUUAAAACGACUCCUGAAGGAAACUGCAUUUAAAUUUAAAGCCCUGAAGAAGAUCGCACAAUUAGCUGUUAUAAACAGCCUAGAAAAGGCCUUUUGGAACUGGGUAGAAAACUAUCCGGAUGAAUUUACAAAGCUAUACCAAAUUCCGCAGACUGAUAUGGCUGAGUGUGCAGAAAAGCUGUUUGACUUGGUGGAUGGUUUUGCUGAAAGCACCAAACGGAAAGCAGCAGUGUGGCCGCUACAGAUCAUUCUCCUCAUUUUGUGUCCAGAGAUAAUCCAGGACAUAUCCAAGGACGUGGUUGAUGAGAACAACAUGAAUAAGAAGCUAUUUCUGGACAGUUUACGGAAAGCACUUGCUGGCCACGGAGGCAGCAGGCAGCUGACGGAGAGCGCGGCCAUUGCUUGUGUCAAGUUGUGUAAGGCGAGCACUUACAUCAACUGGGAGGACAACUCUGUCAUCUUCCUCCUCGUGCAGUCCAUGGUGGUUGACCUUAAGAACCUGCUUUUUAAUCCAAGUAAACCAUUCUCUAGAGGCAGUCAGCCUGCAGAUGUGGACCUCAUGAUUGACUGUCUUGUCUCUUGCUUUCGGAUAAGCCCUCACAACAACCAACACUUUAAGAUCUGCCUGGCUCAGAAUUCACCAUCUACAUUUCACUAUGUGUUGGUAAACUCCCUCCACCGCAUCAUCACCAAUUCUGCAUUGGAUUGGUGGCCCAAGAUUGAUGCUGUCUAUUGUCACUCAGUUGAACUUCGAAGUAUGUUUGGUGAAACACUUCAUAAAGCAGUGCAGGGCUGUGGAGCGCACCCAGCAAUACGGAUGGCACCAAGUCUUACAUUUAAAGAAAAGGUAACAAGCCUUAAAUUUAAAGAAAAGCCUACAGAUCUGGAGACAAGGAGCUAUAAGUGCCUUCUUUUGUCCAUGGUGAAACUAAUUCAUGCAGAUCCAAAGCUUUUGCUUUGUAAUCCAAGAAAACAGGGCCCUGAAACUCAAGGCAGUACAGCAGAAUUAAUUACAGGGCUUGUCCAACUGGUCCCUCAGUCACACAUGCCAGAGAUCGCUCAGGAAGCGAUGGAGGCCUUGUUGGUUCUUCAUCAGUUAGAUAGCAUCGAUUUAUGGAACCCAGAUGCUCCCGUAGAGACAUUUUGGGAAAUUAGUUCACAAAUGCUUUUUUACAUCUGCAAGAAAUUAACUAGCCAUCAAAUGCUUAGUAGCACAGAAAUUCUCAAGUGGUUACGGGAAAUUCUGAUCUGCAGGAAUAAAUUUCUUCUUAAAAAUAAGCAGGCGGACCGAAGUUCCUGUCACUUUCUCUUCCUUUGUGGAGUAGGAUGUGAUAUUCCUGCCGGUGGGAAUAGCACUCAGAUGUCAGUGGAUCAUGAUGAGUUACUACGGACCUGUGCUCUUGGAGCAUCUCUGCGGAAAGGAAAAGGGAAUUCCUCCAUGGAGAGCACAGCAGGGUGCAGCGGAACCCCACCCAUAUGCCGACAAGCCCAAACCAAGCUGGAAGUGGCCUUGUACAUGUUUCUGUGGAGUCCUGACACGGAAGCUGUUCUGGUUGCUAUGUCCUGUUUCCGCCACCUCUGCGAGGAAGCAGAUAUCCGGUGUGGGGUGGAUGAAGUGUCAGUACACAACUUCUUGCCCAACUAUAACACAUUCAUGGAAUUUGCCUCUGUCAGCAAUAUGAUGUCAACAGGAAGAGCAGCGCUUCAGAAGAGAGUGAUGGCCCUGCUAAGGCGUAUUGAGCACCCCACUGCAGGAAACACUGAGGCUUGGGAAGACACACAUGCAAAAUGGGAACAGGCUACAAAACUAAUCCUUAACUACCCAAAAACCAAAAUGGAAGAUGGCCAGGCUGCAGAAAGCCUUCAUAAGACCAUUGUUAAGAGGCGGAUGUCCCACGUCAGUGGAGGUGGAUCCAUAGACCUGUCUGACACAGACUCCCUGCAGGAGUGGAUCAACAUGACCGGCUUCCUUUGUGCCCUUGGUGGGGUGUGCCUGCAACAGAGAAGCAGCUCUGGCUUGGCGACCUACAGCCCACCUAUGGGCCCUGUCAGUGAGCGCAAAGGGUCUAUGAUUUCCGUGAUGUCUUCAGAAGGGAAUGUUGAUACCCCUGUCAGCAGAUUUAUGGACCGGCUUCUGUCCUUGAUGGUGUGUAACCAUGAGAAAGUGGGCCUUCAGAUACGGACCAAUGUUAAAGACCUGGUGGGGCUGGAGCUGAGUCCUGCUCUGUACCCAAUGUUGUUUAACAAACUGAAGAAUACUAUCAGCAAGUUUUUUGACUCUCAAGGACAGGUAUUAUUAACUGAUAGCAAUACUCAGUUUGUAGAGCAAACCAUAGCCAUAAUGAAGAACCUGCUGGAUAAUCAUACCGAAGGCAGCUCUGAGCACCUGGGACAAGCUAGCAUUGAAGCAAUGAUGUUAAACCUGGUCAGAUAUGUUCGUGUGCUUGGGAAUAUGGUCCAUGCAAUUCAAAUAAAAACGAAACUGUGUCAGUUAGUUGAAGUAAUGAUGGCAAGAAGAGAUGACCUCUCAUUUUGUCAGGAGAUGAAAUUUAGGAAUAAGAUGGUAGAAUACCUAACAGACUGGGUUAUGGGAACGUCAAACCAAGCAGCAGAUGAUGAUGUAAAGUGUCUUACAAGGGAUUUGGACCAAGCAAGCAUGGAAGCAGUAGUUUCACUCCUUGCCGGUCUUCCACUACAGCCCGAAGAAGGAGAUGGGGUGGAACUGAUGGAGGCCAAAUCACAGCUAUUUCUUAAGUACUUCACCCUGUUUAUGAACCUUCUGAAUGACUGUAGUGAAGUUGAAGAUGAAAACGCACAGACUGGUGGCAGGAAACGUGGCAUGUCUCGAAGGCUGGCAUCCUUGAGGCACUGUACAGUGCUUGCAAUGUCCAACUUACUCAAUGCUAAUGUGGACAGUGGACUCAUGCACUCCAUAGGCUUAGGUUAUCACAAGGAUCUCCAGACAAGAGCUACAUUUAUGGAAGUUCUGACAAAAAUCCUUCAACAAGGCACAGAGUUCGACACACUUGCAGAAACAGUGUUGGCAGAUCGGUUUGAGAGACUUGUGGAGCUGGUCACAAUGAUGGGGGACCAAGGAGAGCUCCCUAUUGCUAUGGCUCUUGCCAAUGUGGUCCCUUGUUCUCAGUGGGAUGAACUGGCUCGUGUUCUGGUUACUCUGUUUGAUUCUCGGCACUUACUCUACCAGCUGCUCUGGAACAUGUUUUCUAAGGAAGUAGAAUUGGCAGACUCCAUGCAGACUCUUUUCCGAGGCAACAGCUUGGCCAGUAAGAUAAUGACAUUCUGCUUUAAGGUAUAUGGUGCUACUUACCUACAAAAGCUCUUAGAUCCUCUGUUACGAAUUGUGAUCACAUCUUCAGAUUGGCAGCAUGUUAGCUUCGAAGUGGAUCCCACCAGGUUAGAACCUUCUGAGAGCCUUGAGGAAAACCAGAGGAACCUCCUUCAGAUGACAGAAAAGUUCUUCCAUGCCAUCAUCAGUUCCUCCUCAGAAUUCCCCUCUCAGCUUCGAAGUGUCUGCCAUUGCUUAUACCAGGUGGUUAGCCAGCGUUUCCCUCAGAACAGCAUCGGGGCGGUAGGAAGUGCCAUGUUCCUCAGAUUUAUCAAUCCUGCCAUUGUCUCGCCGUACGAAGCAGGGAUUUUAGAUAAAAAGCCGCCACCUAGAAUCGAGAGGGGCUUGAAGUUAAUGUCAAAGAUACUUCAGAGCAUUGCCAAUCAUGUCUUGUUCACAAAAGAAGAGCAUAUGAGGCCUUUUAAUGAUUUUGUGAAAAGCAACUUUGACUUGGCACGAAGGUUUUUCCUUGAUAUAGCAUCAGAUUGUCCCACAAGUGAUGCUGUAAAUCAUAGUCUUUCCUUCAUCAGUGAUGGCAAUGUGCUUGCUUUACAUCGACUGCUUUGGAACAAUCAGGAGAAAAUUGGCCAGUAUCUUUCCAGCAAUAGGGAUCAUAAAGCUGUUGGAAGACGACCUUUUGAUAAGAUGGCCACACUUCUUGCAUACCUGGGUCCUCCGGAGCACAAGCCUGUGGCAGAUACACACUGGUCCAGCCUUAACCUUACCAGUUCAAAGUUUGAAGAAUUUAUGACCAGGCAUCAGGUACAUGAGAAAGAAGAGUUCAAGGCUUUGAAAACGUUAAGCAUCUUCUACCAAGCUGGCACUUCCAAAGCUGGGAAUCCUAUUUUUUAUUAUGUUGCACGGAGGUUCAAAACUGGCCAAAUCAAUGGUGAUUUGCUGAUAUACCAUGUCUUGCUGACUUUAAAGCCAUAUUAUGCAAAGCCAUAUGAAAUUGUAGUGGACCUUACCCAUACUGGACCUAGCAAUCGCUUUAAAACAGACUUCCUCUCUAAGUGGUUUGUUGUUUUCCCUGGCUUUGCUUACGACAAUGUCUCUGCAGUCUACAUCUAUAACUGUAACUCCUGGGUCAGGGAGUACACCAAGUACCACGAGCGGCUGCUGACUGGCCUCAAGGGCAGCAAACGGCUCAUUUUCAUAGACUGUCCUGGGAAGCUGGCUGAGCACAUAGAGCACGAGCAACAGAAGCUCCCUGCUGCCACCUUGGCUCUGGAAGAGGACCUAAAGGUAUUCCACAAUGCUCUCAAGCUAGCUCACAAAGACACCAAAGUCUCUAUUAAGGUUGGUUCUACUGCGGUUCAAGUAACCUCAGCAGAGAGAACAAAAGUUUUGGGGCAGUCCGUCUUUUUAAAUGACAUCUACUAUGCUUCUGAAAUCGAAGAGAUCUGCCUAGUGGAUGAGAACCAGUUCACCUUAACCAUUGCAAACCAAGGCACACCACUUACCUUCAUGCACCAGGAGUGUGAAGCCAUUGUCCAGUCUAUCAUUCAUAUCAGGACCCGCUGGGAGCUCUCACAGCCUGACUCCAUCCCCCAGCAUACCAAGAUUCGACCAAAAGAUGUCCCUGGAACACUGCUUAAUAUUGCAUUACUUAAUUUAGGCAGUUCAGACCCUAGUCUACGGUCUGCUGCCUAUAAUCUUCUGUGUGCCUUAACUUGUACCUUUAAUUUAAAAAUUGAAGGUCAGUUACUAGAGACAUCAGGGUUAUGCAUCCCUGCUAACAACACCCUCUUUAUUGUCUCGAUCAGUAAGACACUUGCAGCCAAUGAGCCACACCUCACCUUAGAGUUUUUGGAAGAGUGUAUUUCGGGAUUUAGCAAAUCUAGUAUUGAAUUGAAGCACCUUUGUUUGGAAUAUAUGACCCCAUGGCUGUCAAAUCUAGUUCGUUUUUGUAAGCAUAAUGAUGAUGCCAAACGACAAAGGGUUACUGCCAUCCUUGAUAAGCUAAUAACAAUGACCAUAAAUGAGAAGCAGAUGUACCCUUCUAUCCAAGCAAAAAUAUGGGGAAGCCUUGGGCAGAUCACAGAUCUGCUGGAUGUUGUGCUUGACAGUUUCAUCAAAACCAGUGCUACAGGAGGGUUAGGGUCUAUCAAAGCUGAGGUGAUGGCAGAUACAGCCGUGGCUUUGGCUUCUGGAAAUGUGAAAUUGGUGUCAAGUAAGGUUAUUGGAAGGAUGUGUAAAAUAAUUGACAAGACUUGCUUAUCUCCAACUCCAACUUUAGAACAACAUCUAAUGUGGGACGAUAUUGCUAUUUUAGCACGCUACAUGCUGAUGUUGUCCUUCAACAACUCCCUUGAUGUGGCAGCCCAUCUUCCCUAUCUCUUCCACGUUGUCACUUUCUUAGUAGCCACGGGGCCCUUGUCCCUUCGAGCGUCCACACAUGGAUUGGUCAUUAAUAUCAUUCACUCUCUGUGCACUUGUUCACAGCUGCAUUUUAGUGAAGAGACCAAACAAGUUUUGAGGCUCAGUCUAACAGAAUUCUCAUUACCCAAAUUUUACUUACUGUUUGGCAUCAGCAAAGUCAAAUCCGCCGCUGUCAUCGCCUUCCGCUCCAGUUACCGGGACCGGUCUUUCUCCCCAGGCUCCUACGAGAGGGAGACUUUUGCUUUGACAUCCCUGGAGACAGUCACAGAGGCUUUGUUAGAGAUCAUGGAGGCAUGCAUGAGAGAUAUUCCAACAUGCAAGUGGCUGGAUCAGUGGACAGAACUAGCACAAAGAUUUGCAUUUCAGUACAAUCCAUCCCUGCAGCCAAGAGCUCUUGUGGUGUUUGGCUGUAUUAGCAAACGUGUGUCUCAUGGGCAGAUAAAGCAGAUUAUCCGAAUUCUUAGCAAGGCACUUGAGAGUUGCUUAAAAGGACCUGAUACUUACAACAGUCAAGUUCUGAUAGAAGCUACAGUAAUAGCACUAACAAAAUUACAGCCACUUCUUAAUAAGGACUCCCCACUGCACAAAGCCCUCUUCUGGGUUGCUGUGGCUGUGCUGCAGUUGGAUGAAGUCAACUUGUAUUCAGCAGGCACUGCACUUCUGGAACAAAACCUGCACACCUUAGAUAGUCUCCGGAUAUUCAAUGACAAGAGUCCGGAAGAAGUCUUUAUGGCGAUCCGCAAUCCUCUGGAGUGGCACUGCAAGCAAAUGGAUCACUUUGUCGGACUCAACUUCAACUCUAACUUCAACUUUGCACUAGUUGGACACCUCUUAAAAGGGUACAGGCAUCCUUCACCUGCCAUUGUUGCAAGAACAGUCAGAAUUUUGCAUACACUACUAACUCUUGUUAACAAACAUAGAAAUUGUGACAAAUUUGAGGUGAAUACACAGAGUGUGGCUUACUUAGCAGCUCUACUCACAGUGUCUGAAGAGGUUCGAAGUCGCUGUAGCCUCAAGCAUAGGAAGUCCCUUCUUCUUACUGAUAUUUCAAUGGAAAAUGUUCCUAUGGAUACAUAUCCUAUUCAUCAUGGUGACCCUAGCUAUAGGACACUAAAGGAGAACCAGCCAUGGUCCUCUCCCAAAGGUUCAGAAGGAUACCUUGCAGCUACCUACCCAUCGGUAGGCCAGACCAGUCCCCGAGCCAGGAAAUCCAUGAGCUUGGACAUGGGGCAGCCUUCUCAAGCCAACACAAAGAAAUUGCUUGGAACAAGAAAAAGUUUUGAUCACUUGAUAUCAGACACAAAGGCUCCUAAAAGACAAGAAAUGGAAUCAGGGAUCACAACGCCCCCCAAAAUGAGAAGAGUGGCAGAAACCGAUUAUGAAAUGGAAACCCAAAGGAUUUCCUCACAGCAGCACCCACAUUUACGGAAAGUCUCAGUGUCUGAAUCAAAUGUUCUUUUGGAUGAAGAAGUACUUACUGACCCAAAGAUCCAAGCACUGCUUCUUACUGUUCUGGCUACACUGGUAAAAUACACUACAGAUGAAUUUGAUCAACGAAUUCUUUAUGAAUACCUAGCAGAGGCCAGUGUCGUGUUUCCCAGAGUGUUUCCUGUUGUGCACAAUUUGUUGGACUCUAAGAUCAAUACCCUCUUGUCAUUGUGCCAAGAUCCAAAUUUGUUAAAUCCAAUCCAUGGAAUUGUGCAGAGUGUGGUGUACCAUGAGGAGUCCCCUCCACAGUACCAAACAUCUUACCUGCAAAGUUUUGGUUUCAAUGGCUUAUGGCGGUUUGCAGGACCCUUUUCAAAGCAAACACAAAUCCCAGACUAUGCUGAGCUUAUUGUUAAGUUUCUUGAUGCCUUGAUUGACACGUACUUGCCUGGAAUUGAUGAAGAAGCCAGUGAGGAGUCCCUCCUGACACCCACAUCUCCUUACCCUCCUGCACUGCAGAGCCAGCUUAGUAUCACUGCCAACCUUAACCUCUCUAAUUCCAUGACCUCACUUGCAACUUCCCAGCAUUCCCCAGGAAUCGACAAGGAGAACGUUGAACUCUCCCCCACCACUGGCCACUGUAACAGUGGACGAACUCGCCAUGGAUCCGCAAGCCAAGUGCAGAAGCAAAGAAGCGCUGGCAGUUUCAAACGUAAUAGCAUUAAGAAGAUCGUGUGAAGCUUUCUUUCUUUCCCUUUUCAAACCAACCUAACCUGGGCUUCUCACUAGUGACCCUCCCUAACCUGGCCCCGCCCACACUGCACUGCUGCACUUCCUGUCUUAUGAACCCUCCGGUCUGCCAUGUUGCCAGACGAUCAACUCUUGGAAGCAAUGCCUAAAUUUAAUGCUGCUUUUCUUUAGUGUUUUCCCUCUACUUCGGCAUGUGUCUGGUGUGAGCACUUGUUCUGACGGCUGCGAGGAAAGCAGGCGGUCAGGAAGCGAGCGGAGAGCGUGGAUUGUGGGAGCGGAUGAGUCCUCCAGUGCUGCUGCCGCCAGCUGUGGGCCAUGCACGGAGGUUGGCCUUCUUUGUUCCCUUGUCUCACAGAGUGAAGUGGUUGUCUUAGUUACACGCUUUCCAAGUUUGGGGAGAAAGAAUCUUUUAACCCCAGUGUAUUUAAUAAUCUAGCUGUGGACUUUUUUUUACCUUAUGAAGUUGAAGGAACCAUAGAGGUCAAGCCUCAUUAAGAAUUUACACCAUAAAGCCACAAGCCAGGUACUUGGGGGAGGGGAUAAACUAGGAUUUUGUAAUGGAUUCUUAAGAAAUACUAACAUUUGAGUAUUAGCAAUAAUUACAGGAAAGUAAGCAUGACCACAUACAUCUUAACAUGCUGAAUUAAAGCUAUCGGUUCUGAGGCCUUAUUCAUACUUGGUCAUCCAAACUAGGUAAUUUUUUUUUUCUAUUGAUUAUCUUUUAAUCUUUACAUAUGAAGGUGUUCUGUUCUUUUUUUUUUUUUUUUUUUUUAAGUCGAGACUAUACCAAGUAUAGUAAGGACACUUGUUUUUGCACUUGCUUUCUCCUCCUCUCUCCUGAGCGACUCUGAGCAGGGUAAUUAGCAGACAGAGUGUGGAGACCUGCUUCCAGAAGCUGGUUUUCAUAGCUCUUUCCAUUAGCUCCAAAGCAAAAUGCAAUGGUACGUGACUUAGGGUAGCUGAUAUUCUUAUUUUGUUAAAUAAUUUUCCAAGAAACAGAAUAUGCUGUAUAUUAUCAUAAAUUUCUUUGAUAAGAUGUAUUUUUUAAAUCUUUUAAUCUUCCUUCUCUCCUCCAAAUAAAUCAGGAAUCUCUAGCAAAACAUUUGGAUUCUAUCUGAUAGGAUUGCAUUAAUCACUGUGAAGUCUGGUCAGCCUGCAUGGUGUGCGAUAAGGGCCUCUAGAAUUGCUGCUCUGCAGAAUGGCACGGAUUGGUGUGCCAUAGGCCCUUCCAGGUGACGCACAGCCAGCUGCUUCCUGGCACCUGCAGUAUGCAAAGCAAGUGAUCUAGUGAGCGCAGUAGGAUGGGGGUGCUCUCAUUUAGGAUUGAACUAUAUUUAUUUUUCAAAGGUAUUGUCCCUCUACUCCCAGGUUCCCUUCAGAUAUUAAGAUGUAAUGGCUUUGGGAGGAACAAAAAGAAACGGGGGGGGGGGGGGUCCUGUAGUGCUAGCCCACUAGUGGAUUUCAGUAAAUUAAACUCCACAGCUAAGUCAAUAAAUAAUGAUACAAUUAAGUGUUCUGACUUUAAUAAUAUAACACAUUUCACACUUAUCCAUACAGUAACAAUGUAAUAUGUUAAUGUAAAUAAAAUUGCUUUUGAUAUUCAGAAGUAACAAGAAUUUAAUUUUUUUAAUUUGUUUACAGUCCUGGGAUAAGUAAGAACCAUUUGCCAAAAUAAAAGGAAAAAACUCUAGUAUUAGUAGUGAUUUUAACAUAGAUGCAUUGGAAAACAUUGAAGACAGAGGCAGCGAACUGAGCGUUUGUUUCCAGCUGUUGUAAAGGCUCCAUCAGAAACCUGUGGAGCAGAGGAGCCAGGCUGCCAGGGCCUGUCUUCUCCCCCAGCAAGCUCUGGGGGCACACCCCCAAAGCUCCGGUUCUGCAGCCAGCCAUAGGCAGGGGGAGGCUUUUCCCGCAACUUUGUUGCUCACUUGUCCUCUAAAGAGACUGGUGCAUCAGAAGGCGGCCAUUACUGCUCCCUCACCUCCCAAACACAGGAAAACUUGUAAAUGUGGCGCUCUUUCUCUAAGGAGUUUCCCAUAGUACCAUGCAUGGUUCUUAAAUGUCCCCCAUUUGAGCUCCCCUUGCAGAGAUCAAAUGGAGCCACCUCCAAAUUCAGAAAUGCUUUUGAUCAGUACAUCCAGUACUCCUGAAGGGUUUCAGUUUUAUCUGAUGUACAGAAUUUCCAAGUUGUUUUUUUGGUUUUUUUUGUUUUGUUUUUGUUUUUUUGGUUUUGUUUUUGUUUUUGUUUUUGUUUUUUUGUAUUUUUGAGACAGGGUUUCUCUGUGUAGCCCUGGCUGUCCCAGAACUCUGUAGACCAGGUUGGCCUUGAACUCACAGAGAUCCGCCUGCCUCUCCCUCCCAGUGCUGGGAUUAAAGGCGAGCGCCACCACCGCCUGGCAGAACUUCCAACUUUUGAGGGAAGUCUGACUUCCCUAGCAGCUGAAGCUGAGGAACUUAAAUGUCACCAGCUGUCCCCUCCCCAGGAGGAGAGCACCCCAGUUCCAAGUAAUGGCCAUCUUACAUCAUCGGUGUGAGUUCUGUGAUUUGUCCUCAGUUUGUGUUUCCCUGACUUGAAGAAGAAAACAGGGACUCUGGUGUGUUUGUAUUGGGAUCACCCAUCUGUGGCCUCCUGGCCUGGGCAUCACUGAGCUGGGGAGCUAGGACACCACAGUAUAGUCAGCUUGCACCCCACCCCGGGAUGAACGUCCUGAGGGGCGCGGGGCAGCAGCCCUUCCCUCCAGUUAGGGUUGCAAGUUUCCUGUGGGAGAUUUGAGUUUUCUUUCCAGGCUUGGGGGGUUUUUGUUCGUUCUUGUUUUUCCUACAUUUACCCCCAAGCAUACUGAGGCAUGUCUUAUUCAAUAUUAUGCAAUGGACUUAUUCAAAAAUCCACUUAGUGUCGGCCACCCCAUUUUUUUAAUGCAGUAUAUUCACCUGUACAUAGUUUGUGUAAAAUUUGACAGAAAAGUCUAUUUACUACAUUGUAAAUACAUGUGAUGAUAAUAUUGUAUUAUUUUGCUUUUUUUGUAAAGCAGUUAGUUGCUGUACAUGGAUAACAAACAAAAAUUUGAUUAUUCUCGUGUUCGUAUUGCUAACUUCUUCCUGCGACUGCGUUACAUCAUUUAAAGAAAUGCUGUGUUGUGAACUGACCUUGUAUAUGGUAACUUCCCUUCCCUUUCAGGCAGUUCCCUGCCUCCAGCCUUGUUGAUGUUGUAACCAGCAGGAGAAAUUCUGCCCGACACACAGACUCCAUCACUGUGGGGAAAUCAUAGAAAUCUGUUUCAGAUCGCUGUCCCCACCUCCUCCCCUCUGUGUAUGUCCUCCCACCCCACUCCCUUUUUUUAAGUAAAAUGUAAAUUCAAUCUCUAAA